GUGAAUUCCUGUCUGUGUGAAUGCUCUUGUUUUUAUUCAUUUCCUUCCUUUAUGCAGCACUGGCCCCCUCACCUUUUCCUUUCCAGCUGUUUGGGGCUCAGCUAAGUGACCACACAGGAGAGCAGUGAGGCCAUUUGAGGCCUGAGCCUGGUCCUCAGGACUCGACUCUCUCUCCCUACCAUCAAGCAGCCCGCCCCAGUCCUGCCAGCCAUCUCCACACUCCUCUGACAGAAUGAAUGCCCUCGAUGGUGUUACCUUCAAGUUGCCUAAGGGCUUUGUGAUAGGCACAGAGCCUCUUCCUGGGCCAGAACUCAGCGUUCCGCCCUGCGGGGAGCUUUUGCUGGGUUCUAUGCACGACUUCAGCCUGGAGAGGAGGGCACUCUUCUGGGUGGAGGCCGCCGGCCGGGGACCCAGCCCGUACCAGUGCGGUGACCCCGGGACAGCGUCAGCCCCUCCAGCCUGGCUCCUGCUAGUCAGCCCCGAACAUGGGCUGGCGCCUGCCACAAUCAGAGACCAGGAGGCCGGACACCAGGAAAGGCCGGAGGAGGAGGGUGAGGACGAGGCAGAAGCCUCCUCUGGCAGCGAGGAAGAGCCGGGCCCACGCAGCUUCCAACCCGGCUCUCCGGCGAGCCCCGGCCCCGGCCGUCGCCUGUGCUCACUGGACGUGCUGCGCAGCGUGCGGUCGGAGCUGGCGGGGGCAAGGCGGCGACUCUCCGAGGGGAAGCUGGCCACCCGGCCCCGCGCCCUCCUGCACGGCUUCCGCGGCCGCCGCGCGCUGAGCCUGUGCCCCAGCCCUGCGCUGUCCCCCAGGUCCGCGUCACCCCCAGGGCCCGCGCCCCAGUGCCCCGCAGCCCCCGCGUCGCCCCCGCGGCCCUCCACGGCCGGUGCCAUCCCCCAGCUACGGAGCCACAAGCCCACGGUCGCGUCCCUCAGCCCGUACACCUGUCUGCCACCUCCUGGGGGGGCACCCCAGCCUCUCAACCCCCACAAGUCACACCCUGAUACUGUGGCUGACCUGCUAUCCGCCUUGAGCCAGGAGGAGCAAGACCUCAUUGGGCCAGUGGUCGCCCUGGGAUAUCCUCUGCAAAGGGCCAUCAUAGCUCUGCAGAAGACAGGGAGGCAGAGCCUCAGCCAGCUUCUCAGCUACCUCAGUGCCUGUGACCGCCUGUUACGUCAGGGAUAUGAGGAAGGCCUGGUGGACGAGGCCAUGGAGAUGUUCCAGUUCUCCGAGAGCCAGGCAGGAGAGUUCCUGCGCCUCUGGGAGCAGUUCAGCGACAUGGGCUUCCAGCAGGACCGGAUCAAGGAGGUGCUGCUGGUCCAUGGCAACCGCCGAGAGCAAGCCCUGGAGGAGCUGGUGGCCUGUGCCCAGUAACCACGGAGCCACUCCACGUUGCCUGGGCGUCCAGGCCCAGGGCCAGACCCGGCGACCCAUCCUAACUGUAUUAUUAAAACCAAACAAGAGUAACAAA